UUGUCUUUUCCAUUUUCUUUCUUUCUUUCUCGCUUUUGUUUUGUCUCGUUUUCUCCACUAAAGAGAAGGGAAAGAGAAUAAGCAAGCCCAUUGUUUUAUGUUUCUAUUUCACUUCCCCGGCGUCCUCCACUCCAUUCUCCCCUAGGGUUUCGGUUUUCUCAUUCGCUUCUUUGUUUCUUUCUUUCACCCAGCUCAUCUUCUUCUUUUCUUUUUCCAUUUCGAGGGUUCAGUGCAGAUUAUUUUAACUAAUCAUUAUAUAAUUCUGCUUUCAACCGAUUGCUGUUGUAAAUUAAAGCUUUUGGCCUACAGAAUCAUGAAACUUGUGGAUAAAAGUUGGUGGAAAAGAGCAGCUUCUCACAAUUAAACCAUUCUUAGCUGGCAAGUGAUACUUGUAGAAGUGUUUUUUUUUCCUUCAAGAUGGAAGGUUAAUAUGCUUAUAACAAAAAAUCUACUCCAGGAAGAAUUUGUCGGCUUGAAUGUUAUUUCUUAAUUGUUUAUAUCAUUUGCUAGCUUUUAGCACUACUAAUGCCAUUGGAUUCUACAUAGAGUUCAAGACAUCUUUGCAUUGCUUAUAAAAAAUAGCUAACACGGGUCAACUUUGUUGCGUGGCCUCUGGGCCACAUGGAGCACAAUCACGCUCUAUUGGUCGGGAUAAUUCCAUGGGUACUGGUGAACCACAUUGGCAGACAAACUCUAGCUUUUCACCCCCACCAUUUAGGAUAUGGGACUGCAGAUUGCAAUCAGAUGGCUUACAACGUGGGUCUCAUGGAGCUCCUUUACAUGGUUCAUCAUUAUCCUCCACUAGUAGAGGAAGCAGAAGCAGGGUGAGCAGUGAACGGUUCACCACCAAUCACCAUCAUUCUAUAUCCGAUGGAGUAUUGUCUUAUUCAGGUAGUCCACCUGAUAAUAUCCAGGCACCUUGUUGGAUGUCACCAUCAAAAAAAAUUGAUUUGGGGGAGCUGGCUGCAUCUACUGUGGGAGGAUCAAGGUCCCAGUCUUCUUGGUUUCCUCACUCAAUGGAGAGGCGAUAUGCUGUUAGAGCAACUGCAGCAUCUCCCAGUUUUGGGUCCCCAUCUUCACUUUCUGAGUCCAGCCAGUUUGAAUCAACUGGCAAGCGGUCCUUUUCUUUCCCUAAUCGCAACUUUCCAAGUCGACGGUCUUACAUGUCUAAAGCAGUUUAUCCACUAGUUUUUCACAAUCCUGUGUCAGACUGUGAAAACUUUGGUGAUGCUGACACCAGUAGUGUUGGCAGGUUGACACCGGUUGAUGAUAAUAUCUCACCUUCUCACUGGCUUGAGAACAGUUCAAGUAUUGUACAGAAGUUCCACAAAACACUAACUGAACUCCGAAGAUGGGAGGCAUCACCAGACCCAGGUGCUAGCUCUAGAAGGGAGGGCAUUAGGUGGAGCAAUGCCAGCAGUUAUGAUUUUGGGUUUGAUGGAGAAAGGCUUGACAUAUCAGAGCACAUUGAGGGAGAAAAUUUGAGGUCACCUAUAGGCCAUGUUGUUAAUCAAAAGUGUGGAGUUUGUGGAAAACUGUUGUGCCAGAAGUCUCCUUGGAGUUCACAUCGAAUCAUGAGAGAUGGCGAUAUGCCUACUGCUGGGGUACUACCUUGCUGCCACGUCUUCCAUGCUGAAUGCUUGGAGCAACUGACCCCGAAGACCCAGAUUCAUGAGCCUCCUUGCCCCUUGUGCCUGAAGACCAUUGGGCCAGUGGAAGACUCCUCAUCAGUUUCUGAACCGUUGCACAUGGCUCUAAGAUCUGUGCAGCGAAGCAGAGGGAUUGUAAUAUCCGAGGAUCUGCAGGAUCAUAGAAACACUGAAAGCUUGGAUCAUAUCAACAACAGAUUGAGAGUGCCACAUCGGAACGACACUGGUUCUUCCUUUAAGAAUCGUCUAAAAAGGCAUUUGACAUUCAAGGGGAAAGCAAGCAGAGAUAUAUUCAGUACCAAGGUGUUCCACAAGUUUUGAUUUUCACAAGAAGGGAUAGUCAUAUAUAUACAAUUGAUCACUUGCUAAUAGCUUUGAAUGUUAAGAUGUUUGAGGGAUUUCCAUAUGCAGAUUUUCUUCAUGUUAUAUCCAGGCUCUUUCUUGUUACAAUGUUUUUAUUUCACUCUUUUCCCUGCAGAAAGCAAGUGAUGAGGCCCCUUACAUUUCAAAUUACUUGCUUGUUAACCAUGUCAGUUAAUAGGAAUUCUCCAUUUCAGGAUAUUUCUCAGCUAAUGUAAAAUGAACUAUUUGUAUGAAUUCUCAAUGUAACAUUGUAAUAAGUUUGUUGGGGAUGAGCUGCCAUUCAGAGGGCUGCCAGGGACCUUGUUUCAUGGA